AGAGAAAUACAUAAACUGUUUAAAAUAGAGGCCAUCCACACCCAGUGUGCUGGCAAUGUAACUGAACUAAUAUCUCCAGGCCACCGCUCACGCCCACAUCGAUCAGAAAGCUACACCUCUAACAUCUCCAGAUAACCUCAUCAAAAUGCUUUCCCAAGCCCUCAUCGUCACACUCCUAGCAACCCUCGGCUCCUCCAACCCCAUCACCCCCCGCCAAUCCUCCGGCCCCGGCACAACGCUACAAGCAGGCUGGUACUGGAUCCGGGCCGUCGCCUCUCCCAACUACCACAAGUACCUCCAAACCAAACCCACCAACGCCGUCGGCACCGCCGUUCUCGAGACCUACACCACCGCCGGGCAGUACAACGUGAAAAACGGCCAACUAGUCGCGAACACCGGCUCCGGGUCCGCGCCGCUCUACCUGCACGUGGAGAGGCCGACCGACACCGCGAACCCGCCGCGCACGCUGGCGACCGCGUUCAACGAGACGGAGAACGACUUCGGCACGUUUGAGUUCCAGGGCGACGCUCUGACGUGGAGUGUCCCGGAGGUCAAGCGCCAGAACCUGGCUGCGUGGCUUGUGUGUGCGAAUCAGGCGCUGUUUAUUAAUACCGGCGCGUAUGGGUAUCAGACGCCUAGCGGGUGUGCGGAUCAGACUAUUCAUUACUACAAUGACGCACACGCGAAUGCGUAGGCUAGACUUGUCUAGAUCUGUUGGGUUAUGUAAUGUAUCUGUAGGUAGAUAGCAAGAUUCCAACAUGAAUUAUUUCUAUAUCGACGACGAACGUACC